GCGAUGGGCGCGGGUCCCGCGGCGCGGCCAUGGGGCGGAAGCUCGACCCCAGCAGGAAGGAGAAGCGCGGCCCCGGGCGCAAGGCCCGCAAGCAGCGCGGGGCCGAGGUGGAGCUGGCCCGCUUCCUGCCGCCAGAGCCCGAGGCCGGCAGGAAGAAGCUCUCCAGUCACGGCAGAAGGAGGGCUGCGAAGAGGCGGCUGGGAGCGGGCGGCGGCCCGGCGGGGAGGAGGCCCGCGGGAGGAGCCGGAGCAGAGCGGGAGCCCCGAGCUGAAGAGCAGCUGUCCCCACAGAAGGACAAACGUGCUGUAAAGGCAGCAGGACAAACUGCCCGUGGCCGUUCUGGCUUCAGUGAUAGCAAUUCCAAGUGGCUGGCUCCAGCCAAAGCCAAGAAAACCCAGCCAAAAGGAAACCAUGUGGAAUUAUCCAGUGAUGGUGAGCUGGAAGAGGGCUGGGAGAUGGAGGAGGAUGAGGAUGGGAGCAGUGAGGAGAUGGUGGACGAUUAUGGUGCUUCAUCAUCAGAGGAAGAAGAGCUGCUGCCUAUUGAAAAAGCUGCCCUGAAGCAGAAGCCUGAGAGGGAAGCCCUCAGUGAAGAUGACAGUGAAGAGGAGGAGGAAAAGGAAGCAGAGGAGGCAAGCAAGCAGAAAAUGGGACAGAAGGAAGAAGAGGGCCCAGAUCUGCAGCUCAACCUGGAUAUAGAUGAGCCAUUUAAACUGCCAACUAGUGAAGAGAUUGAGAAGGAGGCUGCUGAGCCCCCUGACCUGCACGUCAUUCACCAGCGCAUCCAGGGCAACAUGGAGGUGCUGCAGGACUUUGGGGUGAAGCGGGAGGAGGGGCGCUCCCGGCAGGAAUACCUGGCGCUGCUGCGCCGGGACAUGGCCGCCUACUACUCCUACAGCGACUUCCUGCUCACCAAGCUCAUGGACAUCUUCCCUCUCCCUGAGGUGGGAUCCUGCCCUGCCCGUAGCUGUGCUGACCGACGGGGGUUUGGCUGCGUCCCUGAGAAUUCAUUUCUGUCUCUGUUCUCUGUCCCUUCUUCCAUGCAGCUGAUAAACUUCCUGGAGGCUAACGAGGUUCCGCGCCCCGUCACCAUUCGCACCAACACGCUGAAGACGCGGCGGCGGGACCUGGCACAGGCUCUCAUCAACCGUGGCGUGAACCUUGACCCCCUGGGGAAGUGGUCGAAAACGGGGCUGGUUAUUUAUGACUCCACUGUGCCCAUCGGUGCCACCCCGGAGUAUCUGGCCGGACACUACAUGCUGCAAGGAGCUUCCAGUCUUCUCCCUGUCAUGGCACUGGCUCCACAGGAGAAUGAGCGCAUCCUGGAUAUGUGCUGUGCCCCAGGAGGCAAGACCAGCUACAUAGCUCAGCUUAUGAAGAACACAGGGAUGAUCCUGGCUAAUGAUAGCAAUGCCGAGCGGCUACGUAGCGUGGUAGGGAAUUUGCACCGCCUGGGAGUCACCAAUGCUGUUGUGAGUAACUGCGAUGGACGCCAGUUCCCCAAGGUGCUUGGAGGGUUUGACCGUGUCUUGCUUGAUGCUCCUUGUAGUGGAACAGGUGUCAUUUCCAAGGAUCCUGCUGUCAAAACCAACAAGGAUGAGAAGGAUAUCCUGCGUUGUGCCCACCUGCAGAAGGAGCUGAUUCUUAGCGCCAUAGAUUCGGUCAAUGCUGCCUCAGAGACAGGGGGCUACAUUGUCUACUGCACUUGCUCCAUCAUGGUGGAGGAGAACGAGUGGGUUGUGGAUUAUGCCCUGAAGAAACGCAACGUCCGUUUGGUGGCCACAGGCCUGGAUUUUGGCAAGGAAGGCUUCACCAGGUUCAAGGACCGUCGCUUCCACCCGUCCCUCAAGUUCACGCGGCGUUUCUACCCCCACACGCACAAUAUGGAUGGGUUCUUCAUCGCCAAGCUCAAGAAGUUCUCCAAUGCCAUCCCGCAGGCACAGAAAGAUGAAGAGCCUGCUGUGGAAGCGGCAGCUCCGUCCGCUGUCCCUGAUACCGUUAUCACGGAGCCUCCCCCCAAAAAGAAGAAACUUGAGGGAUCAAAAGCUGACGAAGAGCAGAAGCUGCCCCAUCCUGCUUUGAAGAAGAAACGUUCAUUGCAAGCCCAGAGGAGACCCUUGAAGUCUGUCCGGCCUUCUCCCAAAAUGAUGCGGCCUAAAGUCCCUACCAGGAAGAAGAAGCAUAGAGUGAAAGCAAAUGGACAGUGAGAGGAACUGCUUUUCCACGUGUUGGUCCCUUCCUUGGAGAGCAAAGGCUGCUGCAGCUCUGUGUGUACCCCCACUUUGCUGCUCUGUGCAGAUCAUCUCUGCAGCUCUGAGCACCUGGGACAAUGAUAGCCCCCUUUGCAUCAAGGACUGACGCACUGACCCAUUAAAAGUUUUAUACUCUUGCUCAA